CGGGCGCGUGUUCCUUCAGCUCCGGCCAGGCGGACGUGACAGCCGCAGACCUUUAACGCCAGAGCCCGAGGCCACGCGCCUCGGGGAACUUCUCCCGCGGCGGCCAAGGCAGCCCAGGUCAGCUUGGCCUCACACAAGCUCCUCAGGAGCCGCCGCGCGUCUCCUCAGGCCCGGCCCUCCCUCCACCUCGCUGGUCGCCGCAGCAUCCCGGGCUAUGGAGACCGGCUCCGACUCAGAUCAGCUCGAACGGGUCUUUUUACGACUUGGCCAUGCUGAAACAGAUGAACAGUUACAAAAUAUUAUAUCUAAAUUCCUUCCUCCUGUUUUGCUCAAACUGUCCAGCACCCAAGAAGGAGUACGGAAAAAAGUAAUGGAAUUGCUGGUCCAUCUGAAUAAACGUAUAAAAAGCCGCCCCAAAAUACAGCUUCCAGUAGAAACACUAUUGGUUCAGUACCAGGACCCUGCUGCAGUUUCCUUUGUCACGAAUUUUACUAUAAUUUAUGUUAAGAUGGGCUAUCCUCGUCUGCCAGUGGAAAAACAAUGUGAGCUGGCCCCUACGCUUCUUACUGCCAUGGAAGGGAAACCUCAGCCACAGCAGGAUAGCUUAAUGCAUCUUUUAAUACCAACUCUUUUUCACAUGAAAUACCCGGCUGAAUCAUCAAAAUCAGCUUCUCCUUUUAAUCUUGCUGAGAAACCAAAGACUGUGCAGCUGCUCUUGGACUUUAUGCUAGAUGUCCUUCUGAUGCCUUAUGGAUAUGUGUUAAAUGAAUCCCAGAGUCGCCAAAAUUCAUCUUCAUCACAGGGUUCUUCUUCAAACAGUGGGGGAGGUUCUGGAAUCCCACAGCCUCCCCCAGGAAUGAGCUUUUAUGCAGCUAAACGAGUUAUUGGUGAUAACCCAUGGACACCUGAACAGUUGGAACAGUGCAAAUUGGGUAUAGUGAAAUUUAUAGAAGCUGAACAGGUGCCUGAACUUGAAGCUGUUCUCCACCUGGUGAUUGCUUCUAGUGACACACGCCAUAGUGUGGCAACAGCAGCAGACCUGGAGUUGAAAAGCAAGCAGAGCUUAAUUGACUGGAAUAAUCCUGCCAUCAUUAAUAAAAUGUACAAGGUAUACCUUGGGGAUAUACCACUGAAAACAAAAGAGGGAGCAGUUCUAAAGCCAGAGCUGAAAAGAGACCCAGUCAGUACCAGAGUGAAGUUAAAGAUUGUUCCUCACCUCCUGCGUUCUAGACAAGCUGCUGAAACGUUCCCAGCUAACAUUCAGGUGGUAUAUGAUGGACUUUUUGGUACAAAUACAAACUCAAAGUUAAGAACACUGUCCCUGCAAUUUGUACAUCACAUUUGUAUAACUUGCCCAGAAAUCAAGAUUAAACCACUAGGUCCUAUGCUUUUGAAUGGUCUCACUAAGCUAAUAAAUGAAUAUGAAGAGGACCCUAAACUACUGUCAAUGGCAUAUUCAGCUGUUGGAAAGCUUUCCAGUCGAAUGCCCCAUUUAUUCACUAAGGAUAUAGCUCUUGUGCAGCAGCUUUUUGAAGCCCUAUGUAAGGAAGAACCUGAGACUCGACUUGCUAUUCAGGAAGCAUUAUCUAUGAUGGUUGGAGCUUAUAGUACCUUAGAAGGAGCACAGAGAACUUUAAUGGAGGCACUUGUAGCUUCAUAUUUAAUAAAGCCUGAAGUUCAAGUUCGGCAAGUUGCAGUGAAAUUUGCCAGCACGGUGUUUCCCUCAGAUCAUAUACCUUCCAGAUACUUGCUUCUACUAGCUGCAGGAGACCCACGAGAAGAAGUCCAUGGUGAAGCACAGCGUGUAUUAAGAUGUCUUCCUGGUAGAAACAAAAAAGAAAGUGCUUCUAAGCAGAUGCCAUCUUUUCCAGAAAUGGUAUAUUACAUUCAAGAAAAGGCCUCGCAUCGAAUGAAAACUCCAGUCAAAUACAUGACCGGAACGACUGUCCUUCCAUUUAAUCCAGCAGCAUUUGGAGAGAUAGUUUUGUACUUGCGCAUGUGCCUGGCUCAUAGUGCAGGGGUGGUGCCCACCUCUCAGAGUUUGGCUGAUAUGCAAGACCAUGCUCCAGCUAUUGGACGGUACAUACGGACUUUAAUGUCAAGCAGCCAGGCGACAGCUUCGUCCUCUAAUAAGAGUGGAGAAACCAACCCUGUUCAGAUCUACAUUGGCCUGCUUCAACAGCUGUUAGCAGGUGUUGGAGGUUUGCCAGUCAUGUACUGUCUAUUGGAAGCUGUGUCGGUGUAUCCAGAAAAAUUGGCUACCAAAUUUGUAGACAAAACAGAAUGGAUCAAGAGUCUGAUGAGUAGCAGUAAAGAAGAAAUGCGUGAAUUGGCGGCUUUGUUUUAUUCUGUGGUUGUGUCAACAGUAUCCGGAAAUGAGUUAAAGUCAAUGAUAGAACAGCUGAUAAAGGCCACAAAAGACAAUCAUAGCCCUGAGGUACAACAUGGAUCCUUGCUUGCCUUGGGAUUUACUGUGGGAAGAUACUUGGCUAAGAAGAGAGUGAGAAUGGCAGAACAGCGUGACCUGGAGACAGAUGCUGACAUCUUGCCUGAGCAAGAGGAGAUCAUUCGGAGUGCUACAGAAACAAUAGGUUCAUUUUUAGACAGUACAUCACCUCUGUUGGCAAUUGCUGCCUGUACAGCCCUGGGUGAAAUUGGCAGAAAUGGUCCUCUUCCAAUCCCCAGUGAAGGAUCUGGAUUUACUAAACUGCACCUAGUGGAAAGCUUACUCAAUAGAAUCCCUUCCAGUAAAGAAACAAAUAAGAUGAAAGAACGAGCAAUCCAAACAUUGGGCUAUUUUCCUGUUGGAGAUGGGGUUUUUCCCCACCAGAAACUCAUUUUGCAAGGUCUGAUGGAUUCUGUGGAGGCCAAGCAGAUUGAACUUCAGUUCACUAUUGGUGAAGCCAUUACCAGUGCUGCAAUAGGAACUAACUCUGUGGCUGCCCGAGAUGCCUGGCUGAUGACUGAAGAAGAAUAUAUACCUCCUGCUGGUGCCAAAGUGAAUGAUGUUGUCCCAUGGGUUUUAGAUAUUAUUUUAAAUAAACAUAUUAUCAGCCCCAACCCACAUGUGAGGCAAGCAGCCUGCAUCUGGCUCCUUUCUCUUGUGAGAAAACUAAGUACCCACAUAGAAGUGAAGUCCCAUCUUAAAGAAAUUCAGAGCGCAUUUGUUUCAGUUCUAUCAGAAAACGAUGAACUCAGCCAAGAUGUUGCCUCAAAGGGACUUGGGUUGGUUUAUGAGCUGGGCAAUGAACAAGAUCAACAAGAAUUGGUUUCUACACUUGUAGAAACACUUAUGACUGGCAAAAGAGUCAAACAUGAAGUUUCUGGAGAGACAGUAGUAUUUCAAGGGGGUGGCCUUGGCAAAACACCUGAUGGUCAGGGCCUUUCUACUUACAAGGAGCUUUGCUCUCUGGCAAGUGAUCUCAGUCAGCCAGAUCUGGUAUAUAAAUUUAUGAACCUGGCGAAUCAUCAUGCAAUGUGGAACUCCAGGAAGGGUGCUGCUUUUGGUUUUAAUGUAAUUGCUACCAGAGCUGGAGAACAACUGGCUCCUUUUCUGCCUCAACUAGUUCCUCGACUUUAUCGUUACCAGUUUGAUCCUAACCUUGGAAUUCGACAGGCUAUGACAAGCAUUUGGAAUGCAUUGGUCACCGACAAAUCAGUGGUGGAUAAGUAUUUGAAGGAAAUUCUUCAAGAUUUGAUUAAAAACCUUACUAGCAACAUGUGGCGAGUUCGAGAAUCCAGCUGUUUAGCUCUGAAUGAUUUAUUGAGAGGAAGACCUUUAGAUGACGUCAUUGACAAACUUCCAGAAAUGUGGGAAACACUUUUUAGAGUACAAGAUGAUAUUAAGGAGUCUGUCCGGAAGGCAGCAGAACUAGCUCUGAAAACUCUGAGCAAGGUUUGUGUGAAAAUGUGUGACCCUGCCAAAGGAGCAGCUGGCCAGAGAACCAUUGCUGUCCUCCUGCCCUGCCUUCUGGACAAAGGAAUGAUGAGUCCUGUGACGGAAGUCCGAGCCCUCAGCAUUAACACUCUUGUGAAGAUCAGCAAAAGUGCAGGAGCCAUGUUGAAACCACACGCACCCAAACUCAUACCAGCACUCCUAGAGUCCUUAAGUGUGUUGGAGCCUCAAGUUCUCAAUUAUUUGAGUCUCCGGGCUACAGAACAAGAAAAGGAUGCAAUGGACAGUGCUCGACUCAGUGCUGCCAAAUCCUCUCCCAUGAUGGAGACAAUCAACAUGUGCCUGCAAUAUCUUGAUGUUUCGGUGCUAGGUGAGCUAGUUCCUAGGUUAUGUGAGCUGAUAAGAAGUGGUGUUGGUCUUGGGACUAAGGGAGGCUGUGCCAGUGUCAUCGUGUCUUUAACUACUCAGUGUCCCCAGGACCUGACACCUUACUCAGGUAAACUUAUGAGUGCUUUGCUUAGUGGUUUGACAGAUCGGAACAGUGUAAUUCAGAAAUCCUGUGCAUUUGCCAUGGGCCAUUUAGUUCGGACUUCACGGGAUAGCAGCACUGAAAAACUGCUACACAAGCUCAAUGGCUGGUACAUGGAGAAAGAAGAACCUGUCUAUAAGACCUCUUGUGCUUUGACAGUUCAUGCAAUUGGAAGAUACAGCCCUGAUGUGUUGAAGAACCAUGCUAAGGAAGUUCUGCCCUUAGCAUUUCUAGGCAUGCAUGAAAUUGCUGAUGAGGAGAAAUCUGAAAAAGAAGAGUGUAAUAUGUGGACUGAAGUGUGGCAGGAAAAUGUACCUGGCUCCUUUGGAGGUAUUCGAUUGUACCUGCAGGAAUUGAUUACUAUUACCCAGAAGGCUUUACAGUCACAAUCUUGGAAAAUGAAAGCCCAGGGUGCAAUUGCUAUGGCAUCAAUUGCAAAACAAACAAGCUCUCUUGUACCACCUUAUCUGGGGAUGAUACUAAGUGCAUUGGUGCAAGGCCUGGCUGGGAGAACGUGGGCAGGAAAGGAAGAACUAUUGAAAGCCAUUGCCUGUGUAGUGACAGCUUGCAGUACAGAGUUGGAAAAAUCUGUGCCCAAUCAACCCACCACAAAUGAAAUUCUUCAGGCUGUCUUGAAGGAGUGUUGCAAAGAGAAUCUCAAAUAUAAGAUUGUUGCAAUCAACUGUGCAGCUGAUGUUUUGAAAGCCACCAAAGAAGACAGAUUCCGGGAGUUUUCUGACAUUGUCAUACCCCUCAUCAAGAAGAACUCACUUGAAAGCAUGGGAGUCCGUACCACCAAAGCUGAAGAUGAAAAUGAGAAGGAAAGAGAGCUGCAACUGGAGUCUCUGCUGGGCGCCUUCGAGAGCCUGGGCAAAGCAUGGCCCAGGAACCCAGAUACCCAACGUUGUUAUCGUCAGGAGCUGUGCAAACUGAUGUGUGAGCGGCUAAGACUCAGCACAUGGAAAGUGCAGCUAGGUGUCCUCCAGUCAAUGAACGCCUUUUUCCAGGGGUUAAUGCUUCUGGAAGAAGAACAUGCAGAUCCUGAAGCUCUGGCUGAGAUUCUUCUUGAAACUUGUAAAUCAAUUACUUAUUCUUUAGAAAAUAAAACCUACUCAUCUGUGAGAACAGAAGCUUUAUCUGUGAUAGAAUUACUGCUUAAAAAACUUGAAGAAGCUAAACAGUGGGAAAGUUUGACAGCAGAAUGCAGAGGACUUUUGAUUGAGUCUUUAGCUACUAUGGAGACAGACAACAGACCAGAGCUGCAGGAGAAAGCCUCAGUAUUGAAGAAAACACUUGAAAGUCUGGAAUGAACGAGAAGGGGAAGAAACAAACAAGUGCCAUGUUCUUUCGGGAUUGGAAAUGGUGGUGUUUUUUAAAAAACCAAGUUGGGGAAAGUAAAGGUGACUCUGUAGCAUGCAUCAUUCCGUGGCUGAAAUAAAAAAAAAAAAGCCUUAAAUUUUGCUCCUUAUUAGCUUUAUUUUACUUGUCUUUAAGUAUGUGGGUUAAGUGAGCUAUUGACUUGGGUUUUUGAAGGGUAAUUGUAAAUAUGUCUGGCAACCAUCAUUGCUAAAAGAAUUGAAACUAUUAUAAAUGAAAUACAGGGCAAGAGAGAUUAAAAUCUUAGACCUACAUCCAUGCUAAACUCAUUGUAGAAAGGGAUCCUGUGAAUCACUCAAUUUGUAAUCUUACUUCUUGUACUUCCUAAGAAAUAGGAUUGGGGAUGACAAAACUUCUUUUCUGAGGCCAGGAGCCAAGGCCACAGGCCCAAAGCUUAAUAUCCUGUCUUGGAUAUUUUCUCAACCUGUUACCAAACCAGUGUUUACCUUGCCCCAUCCUAGAAAUUACCAAAGUGAGGUACAUUUAGGGUGUCAUAUAACAGUUCCUGUACUAGAGCUAAACUGACUCUUAUCACUGGAUUCUUGGAAGUCAUAUGCUAUAUACUUCCUGUGCAUAGGUGGUCCAUUUUUAGGAAAUGGUUGUUCAGCAUGUUUAUAGGUCGAGAAUAAUUUGAGUUCCAUAAAAUUCUGAUUGAUGUCCUUUUACUGGAAGAUGAAAGUAGAUUGGAACAAGAUUCGAGCAAGUCUGUCUGUAUUUGUGAUCAUGUAUUUUUUCCAAAAUCUAAAACAGCAGUAAAAAUUAGAUUGCCUUGAUUUAGACCACUUAAAAAUCUCAAAACUGUAACAAUAACUUAACAUUUUCUAUUCCUGUCAUACAUACAUUAUGACUUGGAAGGAUAGAUGGAAAGCCUUUUAGUUAACUGAGAAUUUUUGUUUUUUAAGUGCCCUCUCUCAAAUUAGCAUGAUACCACUUCAAGUAAACUGUUGUUGUCAGGGUCUUUCUCCUGCUUUCUGCUGUUCCUGUACCUGCUGAAGGGUACAGAGUUGGUUUAACUUAAGUGUUUAUGGUAAGCUAAAAACUCUAGCUUGUCGUUUUGGAGCACAAGAUUGAUUUAUAUAUUCAGUACUAUCUCCUUGAUGACAUCAACACCUAGAAUCUUCGUGUUCAAUAUUUUUGGUCGAAACUCCAUGUUUAGUUUGGUAGUCUCCAGACCAGUGUAUUUCAAAAAUUUUUAACUGUGACUCACAAUAAAAAUAACUUAACAUCUGAUUCAGAAUGUGUGUGUGUGUCUGUGUGUGUGAGUGUUGGUGUAUGUAUGUGUGAAUGUAAAACUUUUUACUAAGUAUUUCAGGAAGAAAUACUUAGUUGCUAAGUUUGAUAUACUUUCAUCUUUGUCUUACUGUUGUAAAUGUUCUUCAGACUCACUAAAUUCAUUUCUUGAUUCACAAACUAGGUUGCUAUUUAAGUUUGAACAAUACUGCCACUGAUAAUACCUAAACUUCUACUGUGUUUGAGACUGUUUCUGAUUGAAAAAGGCGUUCUAACUAAAAUGUUCAUUGUUCACUCAGUAUCAUCUUUGCUGAUACUGGACUGUAGUAGUGAGUUUGUAGAACAUCGUGAAUUUUAAAGAAUCUGUUGUAGAAUUGCAUUUAAGAAUGGCUUUUGCUUUAGAGAAAAACAAAUGGCUUCAAAUGUUCUUUAGAAAGUUGUGGCCUCUCAGGAUGUGAUGUCUUUUUGGAUCAGCAUUGAAUGCACUAAGGACCUACCUGACUUUCAUUUGUAGUAUCCAAGUUGCUUCCGUGGCAAGAAUGCAAUGCAGGUCAGGUAUGUUAUUGAAGAUGAGAGGGUAAGGGCAAGAAUAAUGUACUUGGUCCGUAGCAAAUAUUGAAACCUCAUCAAAUCUUAGGCUUUUAAAGUUUUUUGUUAUUUAACAUUGGGGAUUUCCCUUGGUGCUGAGAUGGUGCUAAGACACCUGAACCUUAGUGCUAUUGCAUUACACUUCUUUUACUUUCCUGAGCACAUUUCUAAUAACAUAAUGUCUUCAUGUUCACCAGCCAAAUCAUUUUCACAGCUAGUAAUGCCAUGUUUCUGUUUCAAAUAUAGUUUGUGCUUGGUAUACAUAUAUAUGUUUAUUUUAAAAGGUUAAUAAUCAGGACUCUUUAAUUGUGGAAUGCUGAUACUGGUGAACACGUGGUAAAAGUACUUGUAUAUGCAUAUAUCAUCAGUCUUUACUUGCCAAAGCUAUCUUGAAUGACUUGAUUUUUCUCUAAAUAUUCAUUUCUGUUUGCCACACAAAUAACUAGUUUGGAGGACUUGUUACUUAUUCCUGCCAUUAGUUCAGUAACUAUAUCUUUAUUGAGACAUGAAAAGAUUUCUGGAUUGUAGCAGUUGGGUUAAACAUGAAAAUGGUCUAGUUUUGGUGGUCAAAAGUAGCUGUUUCAUUGAGUGUUUGUGUCCUACUUAUAGUUCCUAGAGGAUUUUGUCUAUAAUACAGUCCACUUAAAUAAGAGGGCUGCCAAAUCUCCAUUGCUUUGUUCUUCCAUUUUUUUAAACUCAUGUAUUUACAGUAAGAAAAAGAAUAAAGAUGUGACCUCACUGGUUGGUGCCCUAUCAGCAUUUGUGCUGUGUGAGCACUGCCUGCCCUUGUGGAACAUUUCUACCUGCUGCUGUCACAGUAUAUUCAUGCUGCUUGUUAAGUUCAGGGAGUUAUUUUGACAUUGGCACUUACUUAACUGUGCAAUCUGUCAUUAAAUGGAUGUAUAUGUAACAGAUUUUUGUAUUUUAUAUGCAACUUCAUAGAUCCUCUGCAAUAUGUACUUAGCUACCUAAGCAUGAAAUAGACUUAUUUGAAAGAAAACCUCACUCCCCAAAGAUAUUAAAUGGUAAAUAAAAACUGCAUGACCUGGU